CCUGGCGGAUGAGAUUAGUCUGCUAUCUGCCCACUUAGUCUAUAGAUAAACUAUAAAAGCACGCUAUUUGGAGCUUUCUUGCACUCUCAGAGAUUUCAAGAACACCUUCGACAACAAAGGACUGACAAGAAAAGCCAACAGAACGAAAUGAAUUUGCUGCUGCUUGUGGUUUGCUGUAUGAUUUCCACGUCACUAGCUGGUCGGAUUGACAAAGAGGCUAAACUGGAAACUGUGCUCAAUGAAGUUGAAGAAAUAUUGCAACACCUGAAAGCUGAUGAUGUGCCUGAACCAAUCGAUGAUGUGCCUGAACCAAUCGGAGAUAUUCAAAAACUUGAGUCGAUACUCAAUGAUCGUAAACCUCAUUUUGAAUGGAGCAGUGAUCGAGGGAGAUAUUUCACCAAAACCAUCCCACAAACAAGACUCACAAGGGAGUCCUACCACCAUGGAGAAGAUGUUGCUUUACACUGAGAACAUUGACGAGGCAACUGCUGAAGUGGAAGCUGCUGGGGGCCAUAUUCUACUCCAACUUGGUCAUAACCUCUUGGUUGCAAAAGUCUCCAUUUAUGCAGCCAAUCAGAAUAGCUUCAGUCAAGCUUCAACCCAUAUUCCGAGCUCAGCAUCAGCGGAAACUUUGACCCAUGCUAAUGCCUACUGGAUGGCACGAGAAGAUGAACUGAAGCCACAACCAACGGCUCAAAAGUGGACAGAAAAAACGGCUCCAAUGGCAAUUGAACGAGAAGAUUCCAAUGAUUUUCAUGGAGAUUCACCCUAUAGCUCAACUAUGACUGGGAAGAUUGCCGUUGUUGUUUUUAUUGCUUCCGGUCCUGGUAGCUUAGAAAUAACUGAUGCUGAGUUACAGACGAUUAUAAGUAAAUGCCAAGUAGGGCUUGAUUUUUGGUCGGAGCAGGCUAGAAAAAAUUCGGUACCUUUGUCGUUUGUGUUGUAUUGGGCGAAGGCAACAAUCACUGCUCCCAACCCAACGUCUUGCUCUAGCUUUUCAGCUUGCCACAACGUGUUUGCUGAUGCUUCACUCCAAGCUUUUGGUUUCCCAGCUGGCAGAGCUGGAAAGGACCAAUUAUCAGAAUUUGCCAAAAGCGCCUCUAGAGCUGAUGGUGCUUUCCUUGCUUUCUUCACUAAGUAUAGGCAAGGCCAUUUCGCGUAUGCCUAUUUUGGUGGCGGACCUACAUACAUGCAGUACAGCAACGACGGUUGGGGGACCAAUCAGAUUGACAGGGUUUUCGCUCAUGAAACUGGACAUGUUUUUAACGCUCCUGACGAAUACGGCAGGUGUAAGUGCACCCCACUGUAUGGCAGAGGAAGCUGCACUGCUACAAAUGCCAACUGCAGGGAUUGCACUUCUUCUCAAGCUAACUGUAUUAUGGACAGAAGUGCUUGGGAACUUUGCGAGAACACCAAGAAGCACGUCGGUUGGUGCUAAGAGACUUACAAGGAAUACUGCUGGACUGCUUUACGCACUUGACCUAUGUCCUAUGUAUAGUAUGCUGUGUAUAUAGUUUAGCUAUAAUUAUACACAAUUGUAUAGACUUUUGUAGUAUGAGUUGUUAUUAGUUUUGUA